CAGUGGAGAAGGAAAAAAAAAAAGUAUGCACCAGCAAUGGCAGAGGAGGGGAAGCUAAAGUUGGAUAAUAUGCUUUCUGUCGAAUAAAAGUAACUUUUACAGAUUUCUAGUGAAGAUUUAACUAUAUAACAAUAAAAUAUCUGCUCGAUUUAUUGAAAUAUCUCUUAAUUUAAAAGUGCUCCGACAUGUUUGGAGUCGUCCCCACCGGUGUUCUGUCAGAUCAGCAACUCUGCGAUGGCAUGUGCUUAACACAAACUGACGGCUAUAUGUAUCUGUCAUUACCAUAUGAUUUUAUGUAAGCAGCAACAUCAUCAUGACGCAGAAAUUAGAUAAUGCGCACGUAUGUUAUUCUGGCCAUUAUUAGCCACCAAGGUGGAAUUAAAAACAUACAGUUAUUAGUGAAAACAGCUGGAUUAACUUUUGGGUUUACACAGAUCUGCUUCAUGUUGUCAGGUAUCAGGUUGCGCUGGUGAAAACAAGACUGAACAGUGUGAUCUCUCCUGGUGUCCCAAAAAAUCUGAAAGAUGGAUGAGUUUGUAAAACAGAAGCUGACUGAAUGGAAACUUUCUGACCUAAUCCCUGCUUUUGAAGCUGAAAACAUUGAUGAAGAAAGCUUCUUUCUUUUGGAUGCUAACUGCCUGACAUCCCUGAUUCCUCACCUUGGUCCUCGUCUGAAAUUUCAACGUCAUUUUGCAAAAUUUCUUGAGAACAUCCGUGAGAUCCUCAGUGCCUCCCCUGAAGGUAGACCUGUGGUUAUCAGUCUUGAUGGAAAUCAGCAUAUAUCCAUUCGUGAAAGACGGUGCAUGGUCAGAACACUUGUGUCACACCUGAUGGAUCAAUAUGGAGAAAACCCAUCUUCAGACACUAAAGCAAUUCUGGCAUCUUCGAUUGUGGACCAGUUUCCAUGUUUAAGAGACAGCCAUGGCACAGGAUAUGACGCCUGGUUUACCCGCGGAAGACAACACAGGCCAGCAACUGGCUUUCUGGAGGAGCGUCUCCGUAAUGUAAGGAAAAGGCAUCAACCAAGGAAGAAGAUGCUUUCAGCCCCAGAAGCUCCACCAAAAAGAUCAAGUUUGCCUGAACCAACCAUCAGUGCUGAGCGUGCCAUCCAGAUGACAGAAUGGCUAAAAAAUAACUUCUGGCCCGCAGACCAGGUUGUCCAAUACAUGCGGGAAACUGCAGUAUAUCGCGCAGGAUGGAUCCGCUCAAGUGGGACAAUCCCAAUGCAGCAGAUUUUUGCAGAGUUCCCACGUUUGUUGGACACACCAGGGAUGAUUUUGCAGGACUUUGCCGUUUUAUAUCCACAGUCUUGUGGAAAACUGACAGAGAACUGGAACACCUUGUUCUCAUCAAAGGUCAUUCGCAUGGGGAAGAAGGAGGAGAGCGGUCUUCUGCCUGAGAUUGAGUUGCUUCCACAAGACAAACAAGGUGACGUGGCACUGCAGCUGCUGCCAAAACUCCUCCCUGCUGUUCCCUACAGAGUUGGGCGAAAGGUGGUCAGACCCAGCAACCUUGAAGUCCAGCAAGCCUUCAUUGAUGUCCAGCCAAUUGGGACAAAUAUGGUGGAAUAUCUUGGAAGUACAGCAACAGAGCAUCCACGUGUUCUCAUGCUUGGGGACAGGUAUUGUUGUUCCCAAGCAUUUGUUGUCAUAAAUGGAACUGCUUUGGAAUAUCCAUCUCUUUUGGGGGCCGUUGACGGCUGUUUCAAAUCAUUCUUCGUUUUUGAUGUGAGUUAUCCGAAGUCGUGUAUCCAGAUUUGGGAUUUUCUCCAAACUGUGAUAUAUGAAAUCCCAGGAAACGAGUCACCCCCGAUAAAAUUAAUGAGGGCACAGUUGGAGGCCAUGGAAGAAUAAAUGCAAUUCUUCAAUAACCCUUAAAUAAGUUUUAAAUGUUCUGAUU